CUCCCUUCCAGAGUGACUCCCUUCAUCCCUGCCACAUCAGAGACCUUCCAACAACAGCUGCCUCCACCAUGAAGCUGGUGACGGUUCUCAUGCUGGCGGCCUUCCCGCUUUACUGCUGUGCAGGUUCUGGCUGCAGUGUUUACAAGGAUUUGGUUGAUCAGACAACUGAUCCUACACAGUCCCCGGCUGAGUAUGUAGCAGCUUUUCAAGAGUUCAUAACAGAUAACGCCACUGCAAAGGCCGCAAUGGAAUUGAAGCAAUGUUAUCUCAACCAGUCAAAUGAAACUUUGGCCAAUUUUGAUCAGAUGAUGCAAGCAAUAUUUGAAAGUGUUUGGUGUGCUGCGUUUUAACUUUCCACAAGAACUGGCUCAGAGAACUACAUAGAAUGGUCAGAAACCCACUGCCGAUUGCUAAAAACCACAGCUUUUCUUUCCUUUAUGUCUUUGCUCUGCAAAUUGCAGGACAGUUGUUGAAACCUCAUUUACAUUUCCAUUUCAAUAAAGUAUCUGCAGCCCUAAAGUU